AGGGGCCCAGCACAUUCCUGAGCCCGAGCUGGGAACCGCAGGCACGUCCAGAUCUGCCGUUGGGGAUGACGAUUGCCCAACGCAGCCCAAGGGGCUGAGUCAGGGCCAGGAAGGGCGGUGGCUGCAGGGUGAAGCUCAAAACCACUCCGGCUCCUGCUCUGCCGCUUUGCACCGUGGCUGCGACAAGGACCAAGCCCCCUCCUCGCGCCCAGCCAUGCAGCCCACAGAGACCGAGCGCUGCAUCGAGUCCUUGCUCGCCGUGUUCCAGCGGUACGCAGGGCGUGAAGGGGACAACUGCACUCUCUCCAAGAGGGAGUUUCUGGCCUUCAUGAACACCGAGCUGGCUGCCUUCACAAAGAACCAGAAGGACCCAGGUGUUGUGGACAGGAUGAUGAAGAAACUGGAUUUGAACAGUGAUGGGCAGCUCGACUUCCAGGAGUUCCUGAACCUCAUCGGGGGCAUUGCGGUGGCCUGCCACAAUUCCCUGCUGGUUAAGACCCCUUCUCCCUAGUCCUGCCAGUUGGUGUCUCCCCCCUCCUGUGAACAUUCCUCGAACAAAACCAUUGCAAAGCUGGAAGCAGAACGGCAUGUACCCAUUCUUCAUUUUUAUGUAUAAAAUAAAAGGUUUCAAAUCCUACCGUAA